UGAGGCGAUCCUGUAAGCACGCCCAUUCUCCAGUCAGUCUUUUCCGGACUCCGCCAUCAGCAGGAGGCGGGACGAGCCGGAGGCCGCGUCCUAUGCGAAGCAGAUUUAUGGUCUGCAUUAUGUCUGGAGCCCGCACUGCGCCUGCUCUCUUCUUCCUCGGCUGUUCUGCGCUGGCGUUGGGCGUCAGCUCGGCCUCCCAGGAGCACCGCGAGGCUGAGUACUACGUGGCUGCUGUGUACGAGCAUCGAUCGGUCCUGAGCCCAACCCCCCUGGAGCUCGUUGGCCGCCAGGAGGCCCUGGAGCUCAUGAAGCAGAACCUCGACGUCUAUGAACAGCAAGUGAUGGCUGCAGCCCAGAAGGGUGUGCAGAUUAUAGUGUUCCCAGAAGAUGGUAUCCACGGAUUCAACUUCACAAGAACAUCCAUUUACCCGUUCUUGGAUUUUAUGCCGUCUCCCAAGCUGGUCAGGUGGAACCCGUGUCUGGAGCCCUUUCGGUUCAAUGACACGGAGGUCCUCCAGCGCCUGAGUUGUAUGGCCAUCAAGGGAGGGAUGUUCUUGGUGGCCAAUCUUGGAACGAAACAGCCUUGCCUCAGCAGCGACCCUGGCUGCCCAUGGGACGGGAGAUACCAGUUUAACACAAAUGUGGUGUUCAGCGACAAUGGAACUCUUGUCGACCGCUACCGUAAGCACAACCUAUACUUUGAGGCGGCCUUCGAUACCCCUGCUAACGUGGACCUCAUCACCUUUGAUACGCCCUUUGCUGGCAAGUUUGGCAUGUUCACUUGCUUUGACAUCCUGUUCUUUGACCCUACCAUCCGACUCCUCAGAGACUUUGAGGUGAAACACAUUGUGUACCCCACAGCCUGGAUGAACCAGCUGCCGCUCUUGGCAGCCAUUGAAAUCCAGAAAGCAUUUGCUACCGCCUUCGGUGUCAACAUUCUGGCAGCUAACAUCCACCACCCGACUCUGGGGAUGACCGGCAGUGGCAUACAUACCCCUCUCAAGUCCUUUUGGUACCAUGACAUGGACGACCCCAAAGGUCACCUUAUAAUUGCCCAGGUAGCCACAAACCCACAGGGCCUCACUGGGACAGGGAAUACAACUAGUGAGAUGGACCUGUCCCAUAGGAAGUUCUUAAAAAUCCUGUCCGGGGAUCCAUACUGUGAGAAGGACGCCCAGGAAGUGCACUGUGAUGAGGCCGCCAAGUGGAACGUGAAUGUACCGCCUACCUUCCACUCGGAAAUGAUGUAUGACAAUUUCACCCUGGUCCCUGUCUGGGGAAAGGAAGGCCACCUGCAGGUGUGCUCCCACAGCCUCUGUUGCCACUUACUAUACGAGAGGCCCACCCUAUCCAAAGAGCUAUAUGCCCUGGGAGUCUUUGACGGACUCCACACCGUGCACGGCACCUACUACAUUCAAACCUGUGCCCUGGUCAAGUGCGGGGGCCUUGGCUUCGACACCUGCGGGCAGGAGAUCACGGAGGCUGAGGGCUUGUUUGACUUUCAUCUGUGGGGGAACUUCAGCACUUUGUAUAUCUUUCCUUUAUUUCUCACCUCGGGGAUGACUCUGGACACCCCUGACCAGCUUGGCUGGGAAAAUGACCACUAUUUCUUGAGGAAGAGGGGACUGUCCUCCGGCCUGGUGACAGCAGCUCUCUAUGGACGGUUGUAUGAGAGGAAGUAGGAAAACUGUGGUCAGCGGGGUGGGCUCUGGGGGACGACCUGCCUUUCCAGGGCCACAGAUCCCAAACGCUGGGAAAGCCACCCCUGUGGCACUGGCUCCCACCCUGGGGAACUGUAAGAAAAUGGGAGGGGCAGUUCCUUCUUCCUUUCUACAUAAUGACAGAGACAUUUUCUGGUAUUUUCUAUUCUCAUUAGUCUGUCAGGCCACACCCUCUUCCCACUACACAAUUGGUUUUAAAUUCGAAGCCAGAAAAUAAACCCCAGUUGCUAUUUUACAAAUCCGCACAAUACUGGGUGGGGUUUUUUUCUUUGUUUUGUAUCUUUCACUGUUGAUCUAGUGACACCUCAUUGAUAUCCCCCAAGCCCGAACACUUUCUGUGCUAAGAAACACACUCUCUUUCUGUGCUAAGAAACACACUCUCCAAGCAAAGCUGUAUAAAUGGCUGCUCUGAUGACUGUCCCUAUUCUGGCCAACAGGAACUUCCAGAUGAGGUGGCAAUGCCCGAGCCACCAGCGGUGUCAGAAAUGCAGUCCUAGGAAUAGCUCUUCAAAAUAGAAGAGAGGCCUGACUCGCAUCUACCUUGCUGUCAGUGGAUGGGUGUGUGGGUGGGCCUCAAAAUAACUGGGGAGCGCCGCGCUAGGGAUGGCAGGAGGGGCUGGGAAGCAUUGAGCAAGGCGAGGCUAGGAAAACAUGAGUAAAAGAAUUAUUCUGUCUGAGAUGUCUCAUCCAGGGAUUCCAGAGACUUUCAUAUGUCGGUUUAGUUUUGCUCAACUGUGUGGCUACAGUGACACUGGUUUAGUUAAAUUUGUGUUAAAGAGGUCUCCCCUGCGUAGAGAGGCUAAGGGAGCUGUCUGGGCAGCUUGUCGCCGGCAUACACUUUUGCUUAGCCCAACAGCAGCAGCUCUUUUCCAAGAUCCCAUGAAAGUGCAGGGCCAGGGCUGCCCACAGUACCAGUUCCACACUAGAAACUGACAGACAUGGUCAGGACAGUGAAGGCAUUUAUAGGCCACUGGUUUCUAAUUUGCAUCCAAUGAAGAUGUUAGACUUGUGCAGAGCAAUAGUUUCCAUUAUAAUUGUUUAUAAAGUGCAGAAUGGAUAGUCUUCUGGUAUUUGCCUCUUAAUGUUGCUGCUACUUAAUGCCUUUAAAAAUCCGUGUGCCACGGAGUGUAUUUGUGAGAAGGAGGUAGAGGCAGGCAGAUUUCUGUUCCAGAACAGCCAGGGAUACACAGUGAGUUCUGGUCCCAAAACAGCAACAACAAAAUCACCAAACUGUAUGAGAGGAAACUGACCUCGUCCCAUUCUCUGGCAGGAACGUCCCUAUUCUGGUCCUUGGCAGGGCAACUGAGCAUGUACCCGGGAUUCCAAAGGAUUCCAAAGGACAGCUCUUUCAAGUGGCCUCAGCGGUGGGUUUAAACCUUCGGGUGCUGUUUCACCACUGGGGCAAGCACAGGCGUCAUGCUAAAGCAAAAGGCACUGGUGGCGCCAGCCCGGGUUGACUCAUCGCUUGCAAAGGCUCGGGAUGAGUCAAGUCUUGAGGAAAUGAACAACUCAAUCCCUCAGGAAAUUCUGGGAUUCCUUCGCCCUGGGAAUCCCCUCGGGAUGGUGCAGGACCUCUCCCACCAGAUGACAGUGCCUGCCUGCCCUCCCAGUGCAGACUUCUCCAGCAGGCGGGAGCUGGCAGGCUGGAUGCGGCUCCAGAUGUGGCUGUCCACACAGUCCGCACUGCUUCCCUGCCCCCAAACCUCGAGAGACAGAAAGUCUUUUUAAAACGCAUCUUGCUACUUCAUUCCAAGACAACCCAAACCCGCAGGAGAAGCAGGCACAGGAAGGCUCAUCCUGAGUGCAGGGCCGCUCCAUCCAGUCCUCCCAGUAAGUGACAGUACUGGUCAGAUCUUCAUUUGUCCCUGCUGACUAGCUCCAGACCGCUAAUGACAAUUCAGAAUGAAUUCCUCCUGCAGACAGAAGGGCAACAGCAAAUAAUGGGGGUCGGACAAAGGGACUCUUACAGUGAAAGGAAGUUGCCAGGUGGCAGAACAAAGGAUAGGAAAAUGAACGAAACCAGCCAUUGUAGGAGGAAAUAUGCCAAUGACUAAUGACUGCGCUAUGCUUUCGUUACUAUGGCUCUCGAGUUCAGGAAGCAAACGGCUUUCUGACCACAGCAUGGAGGCAGGAAGCCAAGGGUAUUUUUGGUGGAAACAGACUUGGGGGAAGUGGCUUAGUCUGUGUGGGCUCCUCUGUAGGCACAGCUGUGCCUGGCUGUGGUUUUUCUCACAAAGGAAGUAAGGGCAUAAUGAGAUAUAUUCAGUGAGCUUAACAUCUGUAUGCCAAAGAAGGAAAAAAAAACAAAACAAAAACAAAUAAA